AUGGAACGACGGGUGGACGGGUCACUGGCUAGAAGUACCUACCAUAAGAAAACUUGGUCAGGGCAAUACUUGCAUUUUAAAAGUUUUGCCCCAAUAGCAUACAAGCGUGGACUGGUACGUACAUUGUUUGAUCGAGCACGCCAAAUCGCCACGAACGACAAAAUUGACAAAGACACAACAGUCCUGUAUGAAACACUGUUGGACAACGGCUACCCUGCAAAGUUCGUUGAUAAGUAUGCCAGACAGCGGGGAGAAAAACAUGCAUUGCUAACUGUUCCCCGGAAAAGUGUUUUUCUUUGUUUACUCUAUAAAGGUGAUGACGUAUCGAUUCUCAUCAAACGCCGUCUCAAUGCGGCAGUCAAUCGAACGUACCAUGCGGCCAAGUUGGUCUUCAUUGAGCAGUCAAAUCGAGUGCCGAUGCCACUGAGAAAGGGUCCCAUCCCCGCAGCCGCCAACUGA